ACACCCAUCACUAGUCAUUACUGUGGGAUCCUUAAGUUCCCAUUAAUGAUCUCUACGCCUCUGACACUAUUGAGGUUUAUUUAAACCUCUUGAACGCAGCCUUCCAGUUUUUCCUCUGCUCGCCUGGCCAGUGCGCCUGCGCUCUGCUGACACUCCAGUAAUCCGCUGUUAGGAGGAGAUUGCAUCCUCGUCCACUGCGCUCAUGCUACCAGCGAGGGAGAAUUAAAGCCCGUGGACACAUUUUCAUAACGGGAGAAUAAGAACAUACAAAUGGGACCAUGAGGUGCCCCGAAUGGAAACAUUAAAUACAGGCAUUCUGGGAAGGAGCAGUUUUACACUAUGAGAGGGCGACAGCGGGACUGGAGCGAGGAUGUUUCCUAACAUGAGACAACAAGGCUCAGCAUCUACAGCCCCCAAACGCUGGGAAUCAGAGAUGAACGCAGGCUGGGAUGGACCCGGCAGAAGAUGGUGAAAUUUGCGAUUGAGUGCUCCUUCCUGGACGAGACCUCCUCGGCUAUUUUAACGCCUGCAUGUCGCCUCCUGCACGAUACUCUCCCCUGGCCUCUGUGCCGCUGUGUGGAGACGGACACAGACCAUCUUUUUUUUUUUUUUUUUUAAUUAAAAGUAAGGCUUUGUAGCGCUGUUAAGAUAGGUUGAAUCGAAAGCCCACAUGCGCUGCUUUUAUCAGUGAUUCAUUACCACGCAACGUUCACUGAAUCUCCAAACCUAAACUAUAGAUUUAAACCCACGUGAUCUCUGCGUUGUUUGCCUCCGGGGUUUGACAAGCUAUCGAUACUGGUCCAAAUGCAUGCAAAUGUGCUUUCCCUUCCUUGACAGCUUUCCCUGGAACGAUACUUGUUCCCUUCAGCUGCUUCGCCUGUAGAGACUUGCUCUGACAGUCCAGGAUAAAUCCCAGCGCAAGUUGAUGAACUAGACUGACCGGCCUCGGCGGUGGGAUCAGACAGAUAUUAAGCUGCCUCUCUCAGACAGCGGAAACUAGGAUCAUCUCCCGUCCUUGCGUUGGCAGAGCACCGCAGCCCGAAACGGAACAUUCCUCUCGGGUAUAUUGUCGGAUAUCACACACAACUUGCCGCCGAGCUGUAAACAUUUUCACUCUAUGGCAACUGUUGUUAACUCUGUACGAAGGACAGGUUAAAAUGCUGAAGAUCAUGUGAGUCUUUUUUUCUCAUGUUGGAAACCCAGAAAAAGUCUGCAAAUACCAGAAGUGGUCUAAUUUGUGAGAAUCCCCCCCCCCCCCAAGGGUUUUCAAACAUGACGUUUAAUCCAGUGGGGUGUUUUACUGGUAAACUUCCACAGCAGCUGUUAGUCAGACUGGAUGUCUGAAAGAUGAGACUUGGAUAUUAGCAUACUUGCAGUUUUGCCAACACCCUUCCCUGGAAAAUGCAAUGCAUUGAUUUGCUCCAGUGCCGGCAUUGUAAAUAACUCCGUGGACAUAUUUUGUAUGGCUUUUAUCCCCCGCGAGAUCCAUGUCAUUGCUGAUCACUAUCAGCUGUCGUUACGGACUAUGAUGUUAGUGAGGUGUUCUGGAUGUCUUUAUGUUUUUUUUUUCCUUUUUUUCCCACUUCUUGAACCUUACAUUUUCCAGAGGUGUGCUGUUUGGCUGCUAAGAUGCUGAAAAACAGUGAACACAUUUACUUUUGUACACUGUGGUUUGAUUUUCUGAGCGUGUGCAAUGUAAAGAGGAACCAGGCAUGAGACUGCACAGACUGGGGAGAUGUGUCGCAAGGAACGCAGGAGGAAUUAUGAGUGGCACUAUGGAAGACCUGGUGCAGAGUGCUACGAGCUUAAAGUCUACAAGAGAGAGAAUUACGAGCCUUUGCUGUGAGAAAAUUGUAUUUUCUCCUCUCUGAGACUAACUGCUGAAUUGGAAUCAGUGCUCCAUGAAUCAAAUUACUAUUUGAAUUGAGAACUUCUCCCCCGUGCACUGUGGGAUAUCCACCCUGUUCGUCAUACUCUGCCACCUGCGAGUUCCGCUCAUUUUUUGAGUGCGCUUAUCUUCGAUCCCCUGUUGCUGUGGCUUUUAUUUGUUUUCAGUCUAGCUCCCUCAGAGAAAUUUCUUCCUAUUUGAAGCAGAAAGUUGUCAACAGGACGUUUACAGCAAAUACAAACGCAUGAUAAGGGUUGCUGUUGUGGUCCAAACAACCCCUUCAGUCUCUUCCAAAUCAGUAUAUCUUUGUGUGUCUCACUGAAUACUGUCAACUUUUGUGCUCUUGGGGGGAAAAACAAAACAAACAGAGCCCUGCCCCCCACCCCCCAUCAGAGUGCAUUCAAGGACUCAUUUCCUAUCGCUGUGGUGAUGGGGAGCUCAGCCUCGUCUCUCACUGCAGAGACAGAGUCAGACCAUGGCUUCCGCAGCACCCCGUACCCGUCGUCACCUCCUGUGGGUUGGCUCAGGAACAGCCACAGCAGCCCGGUGUGGGGCACCACCUUCAUCACACGUCAGCAGCAGCACCCACUGCCUCACCGAGAGCGCAGCCACUCUCACUCUCCUGGCUCCAUGGCAGCAGCAGUGCGAGGCAGCGAGUGGUCAUGUGGACGCUGCACCUUCUUAAAUGCCGGCGCAGCACCUCGCUGUUCCAUCUGUGAGGCACCACGCCAAAAACCUGACCUUAACCAGAUCCUGCGGCUAAGCAGCACUGAGGAGCAUCGCUGGGCCUGUCCCCGCUGUACACUCAACAACCCCCAGGGAUCUGGAGCCUGCUCCGUCUGUGGCUUCGGACCAUCCCCUGCCACUCACACACCCCCUACAACCACCAUAGCUGCCACUGCCAACGGACUCCCGCCCGCUCCAGUUGAACCUCCAACACCUACCGUCACCCCCACAGUUCUACUUGAGCCCCAUGGACAGCAUCCAGCUAAGGACGAAGUGCUGCGACGGUCUGAGAGCAAUGGAGAGGUGGUCAGCCUAGAGGGGCAGCACUCCGGCUGGGCUUGUCCUCGCUGCACGCUUCACAACACACCCGUGGCUCUGUCAUGCUCAGCAUGUGGUGGGCCCAGGAAACUGUCUUUGCCUAAAAUCCCCCCUGAGGCGCUGGUGGUGCCUGAGGUGCGCACACCUGUGCUGGGGUUUCCAGUUCACACAGCAGGAACUGCCCCACUACUCAUAGACCUAACGGAUGACUCUCCGCCAGCCCCUCCAUGUGACCCUCAAGAACCUCCCCAUGUCUCCUCGCAAUCCCUUUCGUCCCCUUUUACUGCUUUCUCCUCCUCCCUCCAAAAUAACCCUGUGCCCCGAAGCAGAAGAGAGGUGCCCCCUCCAGGGCGCCCACCAAACCCAGGCACCAACACUCCCAGCCCCACUUCCCCUUCGGCAGCCAUUGUGCCACCCCAGCCAGGCCCACAGCGACCAGCCAAGCCAAAACAUGCCCAGCCCCAAGAACCUUCAUACCCCAGCAAGCGCCUCAGUAUCUUGGAGGAAGAAGACUCUCAGCACCAUCCACUAGCCCCCCACCUCCCUGUUGCUUCCUCAGUCACCCCCACCUGGAAGUGCCCUAGCUGCUCAUUGCCCAACCCAGGUAACUCAUCUAAGUGCGAAGCCUGCCGAUCAUCACGGGCAGGUGCUGACCUCAUUGACCUAGUAGGCUGUGAGACGGUACGAUUUACCCCGGCAAGCCCCUCGAGCCCAGAUUUUAGCACCUGGGCCUGCUCCAAGUGUACGCUGCGCAACCCUACUGGUGCACCCAAGUGCUCGGCCUGUGGUUCUUCCAAGCUGCAUGGCUUUCAGGAGCAGCAGGCGCCACUGCCCCGCUGCUGUACACACUGUGGCCUCCCGUCAGGGCCUGGCACUGCAUCAUGCUCCUGUACACCUUCUUCUUCAUCCUCCUCGGGUCAUAAAACACGGAAACAGGCCCGGGGCUUCCCGUCAUCCUCUUCUGCCAUUGCUUCGAGUUCCUCUUCCUCCUCCACCUCAUCUAGCCUUCAGGAGAAGGUAGGACAGUGGAGCUGCCCAGCAUGUACGCUGCUCAAUGACACCAAGGCCAAGAACUGUGCAGCAUGCCACACACCCCAGCAGUACCUCACCCUUCGCAAGGUGGUUAAGCCUCUGAAGAGGAGGGAGAGCAUGCAUGUAGAGGCCCGUCGACGAAAUGAUGAGGGCGAGGCCAAGGAGCUUUGGGAGAACAUAGUCAGCUUCUGCAGAGAGAACGCUGUGAACUUUGUGGAUGACAGUUUCCCCCCGGGACCUCGCUCCGUGGGCUUCCCCGAGGGCGACAGCGUCCAGCAGCGGAUCAAAAAGUGGCUCCGCCCCCACGAGAUCAACUGCAGCAACUUCAAAGACCGAGGCGUCAAGUGGUCUGUCUUCCGCACGCCGCGACCAUCUGACAUCCUGCAAGGCUUGCUCGGGAACUGCUGGUUCCUGAGCGCGCUGGCGGUGCUGGCGGAGCGUCCGGAGCUGGUGGAGAGGGUGAUGAUCACCAGGACCAUCUGCCCCGAGGGGGCCUACCAGGUUCGGUUAUGUAAAGACGGGACGUGGACAACGGUACUGGUAGACGACAUGCUGCCCUGCGACGACUAUGGCUACCUCCUGUUCUCCCAGGCCCAGAGGAAGCAGCUAUGGGUGGCGCUGAUUGAGAAGGCCCUGGCCAAACUCCAUGGGUCCUACUUUGCCCUGCAGGCAGGGCGCGCCAUUGAGGGCCUGGCCACGCUGACUGGGGCGCCGUGUGACUCCCUGAUGCUCCAAGUCAGCUCCACCAACCCUCGGGAGGAACCCAUCGAUACAGACCUCAUCUGGGCCAAGAUGCUCAGCUCCAAGGAGGCUGGAUUUCUGAUGGGUGCAUCUUGUGGAGGAGGCAACAUGAAGGUAGAUGACGUUGUCUAUGAGUCUCUGGGUCUGCGGCCUCGGCAUGCCUAUUCCGUCCUGGACGUACGGGAUGUGCAGGGUUACAGGCUGUUGCGGCUGCGUAACCCGUGGGGACGGUUCUCGUGGAACGGCAGCUGGUCAGACGAGUGGACGGACUGGCCACAGCACUUGCGUCACGAGCUGAUGGCUCACGGCAGCAGUGAGGGCGUCUUCUGGAUGGAGUACACAGACUUUAUAAAGUACUUUGACUCAGUGGACAUCUGCAAGAUCCACUCAGACUGGCAGGAAGUGAGGUUACAGGGCUGCUUCCCCAGCAAAGCAAGCGGGCCGGUCACCGUAACGGCCCUCACUGUGCUCGAGAGGACGGCAUUAGAGUUUGCUCUCUUCCAGGAGGGAAGCAGGCGUUCAGACACAGCCGACAGCCACCUGCUGGACCUGUGUAUCAUGGUGUUUCGUGCCUCCUUCGGCAGCGGCAACAAGCUGACUCUGGGCCGCUUGUUGGCCCACAGCAAGCGAGCGGUGAAGAAGUUUGUUGGCUGUGAUGUGAUGCUGGAGCCUGGGGAGUACGCCGUCGUCUGCUGCGCCUUUAACCACUGGCAGAUGAAUGUCAGUGGGUCGGGAGGUCCACCCACACCCAUCUCAAGCCCCACCAGCGGAGCAGCACGACGGCCCAGCCAGGACUUCCCCGGCUACAUCCUCGCUAUCUACAGCUCCAGACAGGUGAUGGUGGAGCAGGUGGAGGCAACCGCCACCACACUAGCCGACGCCAUCAUCCUUCUCACAGAAAACAAAGGCGAAAGACACGAGGGCCGCGAGGGCAUGACGUGCUACUACCUGACUCACGGCUGGGCAGGGCUCAUCGUGGUGGUGGAGAACCGCCACCCCAAAUACUACCUCCACGUCUCCUGUGACUGCACUGACAGCUUCAAUGUGGUGUCCACACGCGGCAGCCUCAAGACCAUUGACAGCGUACCACCUUUGCACAGGCAGGUACUGGUGGUGCUUUCACAGCUGGAAGGAAACGCCGGCUUCUCCAUCACCCACCGCCUGGCUCACCGCAAAGCAGCCCAGGCCUCCCUGGGAGACUGGACCCCCACAAAAGCCACCCACAGCCCCCAGCUCACUCCGGACAUUGAUGGCCUGCACCGGCCCAGGCCACUAUGACCACCGCCCACUAUCUCACACACACACACACACACCGAUUAUAAUCCAAUGUACUGUCAGUCCACUGGAAAACCAGGCAAGGGAGGGGCGGGUGGUGCGUAUUUGUGUGUUUCUUUUUUUUUUUUUUUUUUUUUUGGAUGAACACACACCUGAAUGUAAAGCAUAAAUGGCCAGCGUUUAUGUGCUGUUCUCCUAAUGCUCCAUUAACACUAAAGUCUUUAUUCAGCUAGUGCUCUCCCCCUUGCCAAGUGGAUGUGCCAUGUCAGGAUGAAAUGAGGGAACCGGGCCACAUGGAGUGACCGUGACUUACUCGCAAAACAAUUUUUUCACCCAGGCACCUAAAAGAUUCCAGUUCCAGACUACUUAAAAAAUAAUGGACGUUUUUUUGGUACAAACGCUGAACGUGGAACAGACGUCACCCCCACCCUGCUUUCGCCGAGCGUCACAGAAGACAGGGUGGAGUGUCGUAACUACUGAGCCAUUUGUCGUCCCACAACCUAUGAGCCAAUCACCCACAGCGAGACAACCCCUGUGUCAUCCAUGAGGACAGAUAACAACGCAUGAGACUUCAGAGGGGGCGGGGGGGAAGGGGUCAGUACGGUACCUCAUGAGCCAAACCCAGCUUCUAGUUUUACUCAUAGUCAUACAUGUUUGUUUUUUUUAUUUGAGAAUACACAUGUCAGUCUUACUCAUUUUAUACGCGACCUGUUGCUGUCUUGUCCAUAUUUGUGUUUUUGAGGUUGUAGAAAAAGCCAUCAUUCAUACAGUACUGUCUGUCCCCCACUCUCCAUCAUUGCCGCAGUGCUGUCUAGCGCUCUCUCUAGCUCAGGACCAAACCCAUGAUUUGUACAGUAAGCUGGAGUCAAGCAAAACCUCAAGCUGAUGUGUGUGGCAGGUGUGCGGUGCCCUGGAAUUGCAUCUUUCUGUUGUUUGUCCCUCAACACACUUACCAGCCAAACUGUGGUGUAGAGAGCAGUGUUGUAAUGGCAGGAUGUACCUUGUGAAAUGCUGACACCUAAUAGAAUUCCCACCCUCGUGCUUCAAUAGACUAACAUAGAGUUUUCGCUUUUUCCCUACAGAGAAACAACCGCUGUACCUCCUUUCUUUUACUCAGCUUUAGUUUGGGGUCUAAACGCUGGAGGCGAGUCAUUACAUGACCAGCUUUGUAGUUUUCCCCUCAGGCACGUUGGCUUUUCUCAUCCAGUUCAGCAGUCAGUUUAUAUCUUUACACAUAAAUUCCACACUUGGGGAGCAACUCCGCUCUCCGGACGUAAGAUAGAGUGAUUUAAUGCUGCUUGGUUUGUUACACUCCAAUAUUUGUGACUAAUCUAUUUAUUUUUUAUUUUGGUACUGAAGGUCAGUGAGUAUGUGUCUAUUUCUCACACUUCAACAGUUUGCCAGUGUGUUGAUUUACACUUUGGUGUACUGAGGGAGUACUAGAGGAGCUAGUGGCUGUUUGAACAGUCAGUUUGCCAUAGGGGAGCUCUUAAAAGGAGCUGCCGAGUUUACUUUGGGAGGUCAGGGACCAUUUUUUGUUUGCUUGGGUGCAGCGCGAGCAUCUGGGCCAUCCUCCCGCAAGAAUACACCGACAGCACAUUAGCGACAGCACAGUGUCCUCGUGUAAUAACAAAUUACCAUUUUGUCAGACUGUGUGCACACAUAACAAGGGAGCGAAGGGGACCCCUGAGACAUGUCGUGACACAGAAAAUAGUCGAGUUCCCUCACAGUUUGGGCUGAGUUAGUUUCAAAGGAUGGUUGUCUACGUUAGGGCCCCGCCUGCUUGAUCUUUCCAAUUUCUUCCGUGUCAAAGCCAUUACUCCUGUUUCACUAAGGAUCUUUUAGUCCUCACCAUGGCAACAUGUUUUUUUAUCAGAGAGAGGAACGACUUAAGCGGUACUAUAGUAACAGGAUGGAGUGGGAGACUUUUUUUUUUCCAAGUCAAAGUUGAUGUCUAACUAUUAUCGUAAAAUGGGGAAAAACUUGAAAGUAAGAAAGCAAAAUCCAUGGAGUAAAUGCUUAUUUUUAUGUCAAGAUCAUAUUGAGUCUAAACAUUAAAGUUCCAACAUGAGACGAUUCAGUUCGGGGCUUCAGCUCAGCGACCUUGAGUUGAAUGAGUGCUGAAACAUGCAACCUCUCAUGAGCUUUGUCCCGAACGCUUGCGGUCUCAUUUACUUACUCUGCACAACCACGUCUACCAGCGCUGGUGGGCUGCACUUCACAACAUCUUCAGGACAGUUUGUAAGACAACUACUACAGCAGUGUAAUGUUUCUUUGAUGAAACCUGGAGCUGAAGUAACUGUAAAUAUGUUUUCCAAAGAAAAAUAAUGACCACUUUCAGAUGUCUGUCUGACCCUGCGUGAGUGUGUGCGUGGUCGCAGCCAAGAAGCUGUGAACUUAGUGUCUAAUUUAUUUGUAUAAGUGAUUUGCAGGCCUUUUGUCUAAUGAAUAUUGUUGAAUACUGAACUGAUGAAUGACGGAUAAAGGAAUGUGAUAAUUUACGACUUUAGUUUAAGCCCAGAGUGAUUAGCUUGACGAGAAAUGAACCUGCACUGAAACACCUGCAAUGACAAGGCACCUCUAAAUUCAGUGUCACUGCUGGAUCACUUUACAUUUACAUAAGAUUGGUUUUUGUUACUAUGUUUUUUCGGUUUUUUUUGUCAUAAUUGUCAUUUUGGCUCUUUGCUGGUGUCCUAUGAACCUGCUCCUUUUCUGUGAAGUUGUGGUGGUGACUCUUCUGUGCGUCGUGGGCGCCCCCUGCUGUCGAAGAGGCUGCAGCCAGAGAAAAGCUGGUCAUUCACAGACCAACACAACGCUUUUUCUCUCUUCUCCUUUGUCUGGUUCCUUUCCUUGUAAAUUGUACAGACUGCGAACUUAAGCCACAGAAAAUAUAUAUAAAACAAAAAAAUGAACUGACCCUUUUAAACUUGUAAAAAAAAAAAUGAAAGUAUGAUAGUAGAAACAAAAAAUGAAACUUAGUGCUGAAAAAAAUGGAACUCUGAUGAAUGUGAUAUAUAUUUUAUUGAUCUUUUCUUGGGGGUGGGAUAUGAGUAUAUGUGUACAAACAUGUAUGUUUAAUUUUCAAUCUCAGGUUCAGAUGGACCAAAUAAAUUUUUUUAAAUUAAAA